UAGAGCACAUCAUUAUCCUCUCCCGUCACAGAGCAGCAGGGGGGCAGCUCAUCACAUCCACAAACCGAACCAGGUUGCAGUGGUUCAGUCGCACCGACACGGUGAUAGGAGACACAUCCGGCGGAGCUCCGGUGCGUCUUCAAGCGCCGUCACCAAUAUUCCAACGUGGAAGUGGAGCGCUGGAACAUGUUGAUAUUUUGGAGCUAUACCUCAGUACCACAAAGAGAGAUGUGCUGUCAGUCGGCUAACACUGGCCGCCAUGUGGAGGCUACCUACAGGACAACAGAAUCCAGAUAAAUUAGAUUAUUGGAUUGACUGCAACAGAUUACAGCUCUUGUCAUUAGGCCUACUUCCUCAGUGCUUCAUAAGAAAACUACAUUAUUUCACGCGAAUAGUUGAAAAUAUAAAGACUGGCAGCCAUGCUGACCAGCUUUAUGGAGGGUCUUCUCUGCUGCCUGACCUCAAAAUCAUCCAACGUUGUUGUUCCUGUAGAAACCUCAGAACUAGCUGAUGGCUAUGAGUUUGUGGAGGUGAAACCAGGCCGCGUCCUGCGGGUUCGACAUAUCAUCCCUGACCGGCAGGUAGUGGAGGAACCCACUGGGCAGGGUGGGAGUAUCAGCUGCAAACGAAAGAUCACAGUAUAUCGUAACGGACAGCUAUUUAUUGAGAACUUGGGUGACCAGGCAAGUGCAGAGCUGAAAAACUGCCAGAACGGGGAGACAGACCCAAACAGCAUUGUAGAGGUUGAACUGACAGACUGUGCUGGAACAGACGGGUCAGCUGAAACAGGAGCAGGAAGAGAGGCACCUGCUGCUGGACAGACUGGCCAGUCGCAGCAACUCAGGAAGCGCAGGCGGAAGCCCAAGCGCACUGUGGUGAUCGACUGUGAGAGGAAGAUAUCAGCCUGUAAAGGGACACAUGCAGACGUGGCUCUGUUCUUCAUCCAUGGAGUGGGAGGCUCACUUGACAUCUGGGGAAGCCAGUUGGACUACUUUUCCAAGCUGGGCUAUGAGGUGAUCACCCCAGACCUGGCAGGUCAUGGAGCCAGCUCAGCACCACAAAUAGCUGCUGCAUACACUUUCUAUGCCCUGGCUGAGGAUAUGAGACUUAUCUUCAAGAGAUAUGCACGGAAGAGGAAUAUUCUCAUAGGACAUUCUUAUGGUGUGUCAUUCUGUACCUUCUUGGCCCACGAGUAUCCGGAACAGGUCCACAAGAUGGUGAUGAUCAAUGGAGGUGGUCCCACAGCUCUGGAGCCAAGCCUCUGCUCCAUCUUCAACCUGCCCACCUGUGUGCUUCACUGCCUCUCGCCGCUGCUAGCCUGGAGCUUUCUCAAGGCUGGCUUUGCUCGGCAGGGUGCCAAGGAGAAGCAGCUGCUAAAAGAUAACAACGCCUUCAAUGUGUCGUCCUUUGUGCUGCGCGCCAUGAUGAGUGGGCAGUACUGGCCUGAGGGGGACGAGGUCUACCAUGCUGAACUCACAGUGCCCAUCCUGCUGGUUCACGGCAUGCACGACAAGUUUGUCCCCAUCGAAGAGGACCAACGCAUGGCGGAGAUCCUCCUCAUGGGCUUCCUGAAGGUCCUGGAAGACGGCAGUCACAUGGUCAUGAUGGAGUGUCCCGAGGCUGUCAACACACUCCUGCAUGAGUUCAUCCUCUGGCAGCCGGCCACCCCUCCACCGCCGAAGAAAGAGUCCAAAACACGUCCAGAAACUGCCAAAGUCCAAUCUGACAACACCAAGGCAACAUCUGACCCUUCCCAGGUCCGACCUGCAACUGCAAGGCAGACCUCAUCAAACGGCAACACAGAAGAGAAACCAGACAGCAAGGCCAAGAAAUGACUGACGAUUAAAGCUGAAGCUUCCUGUGGUUUUUACACGAUAUCAUGGCUGGCCAUGCACUUUGUGGGUCCUGAUUAUCUGAGCUGGUUUUAACUGGUGAACCUGAUGCUGAGCCAAACGAGCCAGUUUAUCUGAAAUGGUCCAGCUAAAGGUUGGACAGGUGAAGAUGUGACACAAUGCAGAGAAGUUAAGUUUGAUUCCAGUUAUGUCAGCUGCUGAGCUGAAAGACAGAGGAAGAAGGAGCUCCACCAGUGGACGCUGGAGGUCCAUUCCUCAGCUUCCACGCCUCAACAUACAGCAGGGAAGAUGUAGCUGUGCCUUGAGGUGGAGAGUGGGGAUGCCAGGACAGGCGGAGCAAGAGAGGGAAACAGUAACAAAAAGCCAUGAGGAUGAGGGGGAAAAUGAACAAUUGUUUGUAGCAAAAUUAUCAAAUUUGACUUUUGUGGACGAAUCAAAGUGUCACCUGCCACGCUGACAGCUACACUUGAUGGCCUGGUCUGACUUUUGCCAUGUGGAGAAUUUUUAGAAAAAACCUCUGCACACCUAAAUAUGUAACAGGUGCGUUGGAGGAAGGUGCAAUCUUGAAAAGUGAGACAGUGUGCGGGAGUUCUUCUCAUUGUUUACCAAAAUGUGGAGAAUAAAAGCUAAACGAAUGGUUUACUGACUACCUGUUACGCUGCCCUACGUAAAGCAGCAACAAAGACUUAUGGAAACUAGCUGGACGGUAAAUUAGCCAAAUA